AUGUUGAUCAACGGUGAGGUCCAGCGCCCGAAUGGCGUUCACUCUAGUCCUCUGGCCCACGACUAUCCCCGACCUCUCAAGGUCGCCAUCGUUGGCGCGGGUAUUGGAGGCCUGAGUGCCGCCAUUGCGCUGCGCCGACAAGGUCACCAAGUAGACACAUUUGUGCUCACCUUUGGUGGAUUACAGCUCUACGAGCAAUCGAGGCUCGCCAACGAGACCGGAGCCGCCGUGCACCUGGCACCCAACUCCAACGGCCUCCUGAGAAGAUGGGGUAUCUACGCCGAGAACUUCGGCGCCAACCCCUCGCACCACUUCAAAGAGAGAGACCAGCACAACCAAGGCGGCUUUGACGUCGAGGUCAAGAAGACCGCGGACAUGUGGCAGCACCCGUGGCAGCUUGUCCACCGCGCCUACCUCCAUAAUGAGAUUCGGAACGUUGCUACGGCGGAGGACGGCGUUAGCCCCCCAGCCAAGCUCCAUGUUUCGUCCAAGGUGAUCAGCGCGAACCCUGAAAAGGGUGAGUUACAGCUAGAGGACGGUACAACUGUGCAGGCGGACGUCAUUCUCGGCGCUGAUGGUAUCUACUCCAAGCUCCGAAAAUGCGUCACCGGCACCGACUACAAGCUUUUCCGUUCGGGCAAGGCGGCGUUCCGCUUCCUUAUCCCGCGCGCUGCAGCCCUGGAAGAUCCUGUCACUGCUCCUUUGGUCGAAAAGGAAAACUGUCUCGGCAUGUGGUUUGGGUCGGACAGGCGUAUCGUGAUUUACCCUUGCAACAACAACCAGACGUUGAACUUUGUGUGCAUUCACCCCGAUACAGAGUCUCACGCAACCGCAAGCGAUGGAUGGAGUAAGAAGGGUUCCAUUGAACAGCUCCUCAAAGUGUACCGUGAAUUCGAUCCUGCUCUUCUGCAGUUGGUCAAAAAGGUCCAUCCCGACGAAGUCAAUGUGUGGCAGUUAAUGGACAUGGAAACCAUGCCGACGUGGGUGAACGGCAGGCUGGCCUUACUCGGCGAUGCCGCCCACCCCUUCACGCCUCGUCAGGCGAUGGAAGACGCCGCGGCAUUGGCGGUCGUCUUGCCGAAGGGAACCUCCCCGGAGGAUGUUGCGGAACGGCUUCACCUCUAUGAGAAGAUCCGCAUGGAGCGCGCGCACACGAUCCAGGAAUUCUCUCGCCAAGCUGGCAAGGACAGAAUACCUGGGCAACCACCCAGUGUCAAGAUGAUGAACUUCACAAACUACAACUUCGGCCACGAUGCGCACGAUUACGCUACAAAGGUUUUCAACAAGUACCUCUGGUCCAAGAAGAAGGACCUCUACUGGCGCAUGCCCAUCGGGUUCGGUCCGUUCCCCGGCCCCCGUCAGGACUUCUACGGCCGCCGCCAGCCAUCCGAGCUCGAUCGUACCUUCAAGACCAUCUCUAUCAAGUUCCUCACGUCGCGAACCCUCCUUGAGACAAUCCUUCCCACCGACUCCUUCCGCUUCAAGGAUCCCGGCACCGUCUGCACCGCCUCUCUCUCCCUCACGCAGCUCAACAACAUGUCGUGGCUCGGCGGCGGCGGUUACAACCACCUGGGCCUGUACAUCCACGGCAUCGAGUACGUCAAGCACGAUGGUACCUCGGUCAACGGCACCCAUCUCGCCGUUCUCUUCGAGUCCCUCACUGACCCUAUCGUCUCGGGCCGCGAGGAGCUCGGCAUGCCGAAGCUCUUCUGCGACAUUGAUGUCGAACACCAUGCCACGGCGGCCCGCGUGCGCGCGUCGUGGCGGGGCGCCAAGUUUGUUGACAUCUCGCUCAAGAACCUGCACCAGGACGUCCCUGAGACGGAGAAAGGCACUAUAGGUGGCGAGGCGGACUACGGCAUCUUGGUAUACCGGUACAUCCCCUCGGUCGGGGAGCCAGGCAAGGCUGACGCAGAGUACGCGUGCGUGGUGCCGCACGAGGAGGAAGCGCGGGACGUGCCGGCUACGGUGCACGCCGUGUCAAGAUCGUCCGAUGCCUCAGUCAAGCUGGAGGGCCAUGACUGGGAGAAGCUGCCGACACUGCAUCACAUUGCGAAGUUCCUGGCCGAGAUGCCUAUCUACGGCAUUGUAGGUGCCAAGGUUGUGGAAGGAACCGGUGUCCCCAAUGUGUCCGCGGCACGGAGGAUAGAGUAG